AUGGCGCUGACGGCCGAGGAGGGUCUGGGGAUCAAGGUCGAGCCCCCUAGAAAAACACUCGCAACGAGGGUGGUCGAGACAAACAAGGAAGAAGCUAAGGACGGCAGCGGUUCGUCGUCAUGGUGUCGCGGCGAGAGGCUCAAAGCUCAAGGCAGUUCUCUGGGCACGUUGUCGAUUGAUCGUCAAGGCGGACACGCACUGCGUGCCGAGGAAAGCCACCCAGACGAGACUGGUCGAAGUCGAUGGCAAGCGGGCACGUCGUCAGCUUGA